AUGUCAUUGUCCAUUGAUCCGUGCGCAAUCACCAUGCUCGUACAAGCUCUCAUUUCCUCUUCACUCCCGUGUACGAUCAGUGACUACAAAUCAUUGGCAGAUUUCCUGAUGGAGGUCCUGGACGCGGAUAAAAAUGGAAAAAUCUCAGUCGCCGAAGUCCUCGCCACGGUUCCAGUGGAUGACUUAAAAACCGAACUUUUGGCACUAUUCGAUAAAUUCGAUGUGGAUAAGGACGGAGAGAUUAAUACGGAAGAGUUAAUCACGAUGCUGAAAGCGAAGGAAACAUAA